AUGGAACUCACCGAUGAGUUUUCUUAUGUGGCUGAACACUUACCACUGGCCGCUACAGACCAAUUCGCUGCAGCUCACGAUUGUCCGGAAUCUUGUGAACAGGACAGCAGGUCACACUUUCUUCAGCUAGGACAAGUCUGCUCGGAUGUCGAGAGCGAACCAGAGUACACGGAUAACGAACACGAUACAGACGACGAUCUUAGCGAGGAACUCGAGGAAGAUAGUGAAGAAAAUGAAGAUCUGAGCACGAAACGACUAAUGCAUAAAUAUCGACUGGCACGGGUUACUGAGGUUGAGGAGGAGGAGAUGGAUUCGACGGAUGAAAGUGACAUUAUGGAGGACGACGAUGAGGAUGACGACCAAGACGUGUUUGACGAGCAAGUUCAGUAUAAAAUGCCACUUGUUUUUCUGGGUGGUACUGUGAAUGAAAAAAUGCCUCGUUGCUGUGAUAGCGACGGUAUGUGCGAUGCUCUUCGGAGAAAGAAGCUCCAAGCUCUUUGUGUCAUACACUCGCAUAGUUCCAAAGCUGCACUGGAUAGAGCGAGCAAUCAAAAAGAGGAUGGAUUUCAAACGGAGACUCAAUUUCUUCGACUUGAAAAAAUGCGAGCUGAACUGGAACAGGAUUUGGGAGUGGAACUGCUUCUCAAAGCCUACAAUAUUAUCCAGGCACUACAAGAAGACGAAGAGGAGGACGUAACGGCCAGUGAGAAAGCAGUUGUGAGUCUACUUGGAGAAGAGAAAGCUACAAAAUACUAUGAACGCAUUCUUCAACUUGUUCUGGCCGAUGGAGCGUUCAUGGACGGAGCCAGCACGAUCUUGGAGUACCACGGUACUUAUUGUGCUCCUUAUCAGUAUGAACUUCAAUAA